UUGAAACGUUCUGAAAAUAUAUCCCGUUCACCGCUGUUCGACCAUAUCACUACCACUAUCGAAGGGCUAGCUUGCAUUCAUUCAUAUGGACAGUCUCCCCGUUUUUUGGAACUUCUAAAGCAGAAGUUGGAUGCGAAUAGUUUUGUUAACCAACCUAAUUCCCAAGUUCUGCAUUUCAGCGGUGCCGUAUUCAUGUUCCAGUCAGCUAUGCGAUGGUUGGCGGUAUGGUUGGACCUGCUUGUCGUAAUGAUCACCUCUAUAGUCGCAUUUUUCAUAGUCAUACUAACAGGAACGCUCUCCCCAGCAGAUGCUGGUAUGGCUUUGGCAUUAGCUGUGCAGAUGAGCGGUAUCUUCCAAUUUGCCGUACGUACACAGACAGAACUGGAAGCGAAAAUGACGUCUGUCGAACGCGUUGUCUAUUAUUCAGAGAACAUCCAAUCGGAAGGAGAUUGGGAAACGAAGAAAGGAAUUGAUGUACCGAAGGAAUGGCCGCAGAAUGGGCAGAUCGACUUCCAGAGCGUGAAGUUUGUUUUGAAUAUUUUCUCUUUCAACUAUGUUCCUGAUCACCAUUACUUACAUCAAAUCAGGUGGGUUUUAGUUGUAGUUCUUCAUUUCUUUCUCUUCCUGUCCUAUAAUCUGAAACACUAUCCCUUGAAUCGGUCACAAUUUAGACUUCGCUAUCGGCCGAAAUUUCCUCUAGCCCUGAAUGAUGUCACAUUUGAGAUCAAACCUAGAGAGAAAAUUGGAGUUAUCGGCAGAACAGGCUCAGGGAAAUCAUCCUUGGCUAAUGUUCUGUAUCGGCUGUACCCGCUCACAUGGGGUAGAAUAUUUAUCGAUGGUGUAGAUAUCGCGACUAUUGGUCUCCACAGGUUGAGAAGGGCUAUGUCGUUUAUUCCACAAGAUCCUGUGCUCUUUGCGGGAACAGUCCGUUCUAAUCUUGAUUCUAACAACUUCUUCACCGAUUCCGAACUAUGGAACGCUUUGGAAAAAACGUACCUGAAGUCACUGAUCGCUAAUUUGGACAAGAAGCUUGAAUCCGACGUCACAGCAGGCGGCGAGAAUUUUUCAGUUGGAGAGCGUCAACUUCUAUGCUUGACCAAGGCAUUGCUGAUGAACGCCAAAAUUGUGAUUUUGGAUGAAGCUACGGCAAGUUUGGAUAUGUCAACAGAUAAGCUCAUUCAGAAGGUAGUGCCAAAUCGUUUUAAUUAUUUUCGCAUCGUUCUAGACACAUCAUUUAGAGAAGUAUUCAAAGACGCUACUAUCAUCCUCAUUGCUCAUCGUCUCGAGAAUGUUUAUGGUUUGGAUAGAGUUUUGAUGAUGGAUGGAGGGAAAGUGAGUUUGUUCCUGGUAAAGGAUUGCUCUGAAAAAUUCAUAUGGUUUUUCUUUUUCUCAUAGUA